AUGUCUAAGGUUGAGGUUCUAUUUGUGCGGCAUUUGAGCGCCGAUUGCACUGAAGAUAUGAUUAAAAACAUAUUUGCGUUGAAAAGUCCGCCGAAAAUAAACGUCCAGAAAGUGAAGAAACUCAAGAAUUAUGCGUUCGUUCACUACUUCAAUCGCGAGGACGCAGAGCUCGCCCUCCAGACUCUGUCCAAAUCAGAUUUGCGAUCCACUGGUCUGACUGAUGAGGGCCAGCACCUGGAGAUCACUUGGGCUAAGCCACCAAAUCUGGUCAACAAUUUCCAGCGACGAAAGAAGCGCUUCUUUGGCUCCGGAAACUGUGGCGGCGAUGGCAUUGGGAUUAACGUCAAAACCAAUCCAUUCUCUCCACAUAACGGCCAACUCAUGAGCUCCGGAAUGUCCCCUCAAUUCGAGUAUAACAACAACUCAUCCAAACACUUGACGCCCAACUUCUACUCGAGUCUAAUGAGCGGUGACUCCAAUAACUGGAAUAACGUGCGAAACAGUCCGACAGUCCUUAUGCCGGGUUUGCGACACAACUCUCGAAACAACGGCACUGCGAACGGCAACACCACUCCCGUCUGGUAUUCAUUUGAGAAUCAGUACCCAUGGCUUCCCAUUCCUGUUGUCCGUUCGCCGCAAACCAUUGGUGUAUUCCGAUCGCCACAACCCUAUGGA